UGCUUGAGCAGGGGGCUGGACUAGAAGACCUCCAAGGUCCCUUCCAGCUCUAUUCUGAUUCUGAUGGGAGACAUGUACGACCCCCAUGUGACAAUCUGUGCCCCCUCUCUUCCAGAAUGGCCUCAGGUUGACAAUCUCUGACAUUUGCCGGGGUGUUAAGGGGAAAUGCAAGGACUUUUUGACCCCAGACACAUUCAGUUUCAUCCAUAAUCUGAAGGUGUUGUUGAAAUUUGAUUUCUCGCACAGCGAACCAGAACAACCUGCCAGCUUUGACGGGGCCCCAGAAGAACAAGUUGAAGCAUUUGACCAUUGUCAGCUUAGCUUCCAGAAUGAAGUGCAUCCCUUAUUCAGUGCUGCUGAAAGACCUGGACAUGCGGAACCUCCGGGAGCUGGAAGACCUGAUCAUCGAAGCCGUUUACACCGACAUCAUCCAAGGCAAACUGGACCAACGGAACCAAGUGCUGGAAGUGGAUUUCUGCAUCGGCCGGGACAUUCAAAGGAAAGACAUCAGCAGCGUCAUCAAAACCCUCAACGAGUGGUGCGAUGGGUGUGAAGCUGUCCUGUUGGGCAUCGAGCAGCAGGUACUUAGGGCCAACCAGUACAAGGAGAACCACAACCGAACUCAACAACAGGUAGAGACGGAGGUAAGUGUCUUAUAAGGGCCGUAGUGGCGCAAUGUAAUUAGUUUAUGGUAUUGCAGGCUGACUCUGCCCACGGCCAGCAGUUCGAUCCUGACCGGCUCAAGGUUGACUCAGCCUUCCAUCCUUCUGAGGUCAGUAAAAUGAGGAC